AUGAAGCUUGCUUUUUUCAUUCCCGCCUUUGCCACAGCCAAUAACGGAAACGGAAACGGAGGUGCAAACCAGCACGUCGACGGAGCUAACGUCCACUUGAAUGGUUGCAUUUGGCCGGAACAAGGUGCUCAUCCACAAGGCUUGCAUACGAUCGCGGACGAUGAGUUCGCCAGAUUCGUCGGUCUUACCAAAGGCGUCGGCCUUGACAACCCCUACAGCGAGGCAGAAAUUGUAACUCGACAGUGCCCUACUCACUGCGUUUACGACGGUUCGGACUACUCCUGCUCUGGCUUCGAAGACGACGAGGAGUACACUUGCCACUUCAAAGUCGGAAAGGGAAAUCGACCACCAGGAAAGCACUACAUCUGGACUCGAUCGAGCAACAUAGAGGGCAUCGCCGUUUUCUUCAAAUCAGACGCUCUCGAACAAUACCGAAAAAUCAGCAAAAAGAAGAAGUGCCCCGUGCCAGUCAUCACCGCUUCGGACCCAGAUGCUAUCUGCGGCGAUAGGCCACAAAUUCCAACAAAGAAGCAGUGGGAAGAAGAAGGCCUGCGCUUCGACGCGUACACUGUGUGGAACGACGACGGCACAUCCGUCCAAUGCGGUCCCGGCGCAACUCCCGUCCGAGGCGGCGACAAAUUCGAAGCUCUCAACCUCGUCUGCACAAAGGGCAAAGGCAACAGCUUCAAAUGGAUGCAUCAAUCAUCGUCUGGCAAAGUCCAACCCGCCGGUAACAAGUGGCUCCACAAGAAGUUCCUCUGCAAGAAAUGCCACAACAAAUGCGACGGUGGCGACGGCGGCGACGGCGGAGAAGGAUCAGGAGCCGAAAGCCCGGACGUUGCCAGCGUCUCGCUUUAG